AUGGUUUCCUUCAAGUCCUUUGUCGUGGCCUCUCUCGCCCUCGCGAGCCAGUCUGUCGCCCAGAAGACCAUCAAGAUCCUCGCGGUCCAGGACCUCAGUCUCCCCGACACCUUUGUCUUCAAGCCCAACUCCAUAACCGCCGACUCCGGCGAUAUGCUCGAGUUCCACUUCGCUCCCACCGGCUUCCUCCCUUCCAACCACACCGUGGCCCAGGGCACCUUUGACAAGGGCUGCCAGCCCAUUGCUGGUGGUUUCUUCUCCGGAAAUGUCACCGCCGCUCCCGGAACGACGCUCGGCGAAGCUGACUUCGUCUUCCAAAUCCGCCUCACCAACACCAACCCCCUCGUCUUCUACUGCACCACAGGCCAGCACUGCACCCGCGGCAUGUACGGCGUCGUUAACCCCUCGUCUACGCAAAACCUCGAGUCUUACAAGAACACCAUCACCUCCUACGGCCCUGCUGGCAUCCCCGUCCGCGUCAACACCGAGAACCUCGUCGCGAACCCCGGUGCCAUCGAUCCCGCUACUCUGAUCGUCUCCGGUGCCUCGUCGUCAACAGCUUCCAUGCUCGGUGUUGCGGGCGCUCUCAUCUUCGCCGCGCUCAUGGCGUAG